AUGGAUGCAGCUAGACUGUCAGUGCCUCGUUCAACAAGAACCGGUGUAGCCUAUGAGGACUAUUCCCUCUACAACAAGAUGUCUGAUGAGCAACUUCUACAAUUGGCAGUUGAACGUAGUCUGGCUGAUGCCAACAUCACACCAUGGCGAAGCCAGCAAAUAAAAUCACUUUCACCUUCAACUGCUCAAUGUCAAAAAAUUGAUUCUCUACCAGACAAACCACCACCCAAUCCACCCAGUGAGACACAGUGUGAAAAAAUUAGACGAGAUCCUCAAAGCAUGCUCUUCAUCAAAGACCAAGAGAAAGUGAUUUCCUGGACAAGACAGAAUGGUCACUUAAGGGUCACUGUGGAGGCCAUGAAGGAAUUAGACCCUCUUCUUUCAGCAGUUUGGAGAGGUGAUGCAAACGCUUUGAGAGAGGUUCUUGAAAAUACAAACAGGAGCCUGACUGAACCAAACAAGAAUGGCUGGAUACCCCUUCAUGACGCUGCAUACUAUGGUCAUGUAGAGUGCCUCAAGAUUUUAUUAAAAGCCAAACCUGACACAAUCAACAAACGUACAUCCCGGAAUCAGACUCCUCUAAUGUUGUCUGCGGGCCGCAAACAUUUGGAUUGUGUCCAAUACCUCCUAGAAAAGGGUGCUGAUCCCACCAUUGCCAACAAUCAAGGGGAGACUCCCCUUUUCAAAGCUUGCGAGAAACCGAAUGAGGAGAUUGUGAAUCUUCUUUUGAAGUCUGGUGCCUCCGCUACAAAGUGCUGUGCUCAGGGUGACACGCCGCUGCACGAGGCAGUGCGAAAUAAACAUAUGGAUAUUGCCAAGAUGCUGCUCCAAGCAGGGGCAAAGCUAUUUGCCAGAAAUAUUUAUGGCAUUGAUCCGCUGUUCACUGCAGCUCAAACGGGUGCUUCUGAAGUUCUCAAACUUUUGAUUAAACACGGGGCAAAUAUCAACACUGAAGCCAAUGAUGGAGCCACUGCUUUAUACGAAGCCUCAAAGAAUGGCCAUGAUGAAGCCGUGGAGAUUCUAAUUUCAAAAAGAGCAGAUGUUAACAAACCAAAGAAAUCUGGAUUACUGCCUCUUCAUAUUGCUUCAAAAAAUGGACAUUAUGGAAUUGUGUGUAUGCUCAUCCCUCGAACUAGCAGGGCCAAAGUGAGGCACAGUGGCAUUAGCCCCCUCCAUUUGGCCGCUGAACGCAACAGAGACGACGUUUUGGAGCUGUUGAUUGAGGCUGGUUUUGAUGUGAAUGCCACACUAUCCGAUGACUGGUCUAAGAUGUAUGAGGACCGCCGUAGCACUGCUCUCUACUUCGCUGUGGCCAAUAGAAACAUAGAGGGAGCCACCAUGCUCUUAGAGGCAGGUGCUAACCCAAACCUGGACACCUUUAAUCCACUUUUGGUGGCUGUAAGGAAGGGCUGUAUUGACAUGGUCUCUCUGCUGGUGGAGCAUGGUGCUAAUGUCAAUGCUCUGCUACCAACUUAUCCCACCACCUUCCCAGGUGUUAUGAUGUUCUGCAUGAAAUAUAUUUUCAUGCUGAAGUACUUGAUGAAAAAUGGCUGUGAUGCUACUGCCUGUUUUAAUUGUGUGUAUGGCAACAGCCCACAUCCACCCAUUAAGAUGAGGCAGAGUGGCAGGAAUGAAUUGCACUGUAUAAGUGAUGAGCCUCCAACUACCUGUGUACAGUUCUGCGAGGUAAUGGCCAGUCCCUUAAACUCUCCUUGGGCAGGCCCCAUCAUAGAGGUGUUGCUGGAUUAUGUGGGUUAUGUCAAACUUUGUGCCAGACUCAGAGAACUUUUGGACAACAAUAAUGACUGGGCCCAUGUUAAAGAGAAAGCAAUGCCCCCAUGGUCCCUGGUCCAGCUGUGCAGACUGAAGAUUCGUCAGCAGCUAGGAGCCCACAGAUUGAGCCUUAUGAACAAGCUGCCUCUCCCUGGAAGACUUAUCAAGUUCCUGAACUAUGAUGAGGAAAAUUUGUUAUUUGAAGAUGACCUUUAG